AAGUACGAUUAGUUAGAAGUAUGGUUUUCAUUUCUUGUAGUGACUGACAGAGGGGUGCAGUGAAUUGGUGCCAGUGUUUUGUGGUGAUGUAAUACGUGAAUUUCUAUAUGUUAGUUUUCUAAUUUUUUGAUAAAUUAUUAACUUUCUGUUACUGAGCUUAGAAAUGAUUAGGCUUCCGAUUUGUGUUUCAUAACUGAAUCCUAUGUUAAAAACACGUGACAACUAUAGUGUGUAUUAACUGAUUUCUAAAUCUUUGAACAGUAUUGUUUAUGCCGCUGAUUCUGACAAAAAGCAUUAGAAGACAAUACACCCGAGCCAGUAAGAGAUUUAAUUAGAGGAACUCCGCGUAAGUAUACAAUUAGCAUUCAGUUUCCAAAUUUCAAGGGUAUCACCCAAUACCUACUCUUCCUUAGUUUUAUUUUACAUGUACAAUCUUAAUAUUUGAACCUAGUUGAAAAAUUCCUGUUUGGUUAUCCAUUAAUGGUACCAUUAAUAAUAUCACAGCCAAAUAAGUCACUAGUAAUUCCACUAAAUGGUGCAGAAGGUUUAAUCAAAAUUUGUAAGCAUGGGAAGACUUUUUAUUUCAUGCACUUUAAACAGUAUAUAUCCAUUGUUGGUGCAUUCAAGGUCCAGUAGUUUUGCUGUUCAUAAAAAUGUAUCAUCAUUUUUUAAAGUCUGGGUGCCACUUAAAGUGCAGAGGUUUUCAACUCGAGUUGGGAACAGUCAUGAAGGAGAUGAUAAGAGACCAAACGCAAAGCAAAAAGAGCAGUCGGGCAAAGUACCGCAUGCUUUACCCAAAUCAGUAUUUGCAGCCGGAACUGCAAGGAAAAAAGCAGAGUUUUUGAAGCAGAAAUGGGGGCAUGACUUUGACAAAGAACUAAAAGGACCCAGAAAACCUAAAGAAAACAACAUCCCAAGCCAACCCCUCACAGCAGCCCAAUGGAAGACACUGAAGGACGAUGCCAGGGCCAGUCAUAAUUUUGAAGUGAGCAUGAUGGAGAAGAUGUUAGCUGCCAAUAGUGACAUUGAUGUGGCCAAGUCCCUUCUGGCUUACGUUGCUGUGGAGACAGGGACGGUUAGCUACGAACUACUGCUUAGGUAUUUGACACUUUGUGUUCAUGGCAACCACGAAUCAGAGGUCUUUGAUGUGUAUGAUAUAAUGAAGAAACGGUUCAAGACCAUGGAAACCGGGGCUUACAGCCUCUUCAUUAAAGGGUUCAGCAGGACAGAGAACUGGAGAGAAUGUCUGUUGCUCUUAGAAAGCAUCAAGAGGGUCAUCACCCCCUCCCCUCGCAACUAUGGAUAUACAAUCAACGGUGCUCUCGUACACGGUGACAGCAGGACUGCUUGGGCUUUGUAUGAAGAAAUGAUGGAGAAGGGACUGACUCCCAAUCAGGAAACCUGGCAGGCAUUCUUUGACAGUGACCGCUCAGCCCAUGACAGUGAAAGCAAGGUGCUGUCACUUCUCUUAUAUAUGAGGAACAAUCAGAUAUAUCCUGGAGAGGCACUGGUGAAAAGCAUCAAGACGUGGUUUGAAAGUGUUCCAGGUAACAAAUGGAAUGGAAGCUGGACAGCCCCAGAAAACAGUGGCCACUGUAGGAACUGCUGCUCAAGCCUGGAAUCCAUCCAGCUGACUGAGGAAGAGUAUAACCAGUUGAAGGAGAAGGUGAUGAAUGAUGUCAUACAGGGCAAAGACGUGUUUAAGAAGACAACUCCUCAGGAAUUGGAGAGCUUCAUGAGUUUUGUGAAGAAGAGACCCCCCUUUGAUGUUGUAAUUGAUGGACUGAACGUUGCCAACACCACCAGUAAAGGAAACCAGUCAGAAACACUGCUGGAGGUAGUCUCUCACCUGGCCCAGCAGAACCUGAGACUGCUCGUUCUGGGUCGCAAGCACAUGCUGAGGGGAUCUCGCAGUUGGGACAGGAAAAACAUGUCUGUUAUUCAGCAAAAGGCAGACUGUUUCUUCACCGACAACGUUUCAGAAGAUGAUCCAUUCCUGCUGUAUGCCACCCUACACUCAGGAAACCAUUGCAAGUUCCUGAGUAGAGACCUCAUGAGAGACCACAAGGCCUGUCUGUCCGACAGCAGCACCCGACGCCUCUUCUUUAAGUGGCAGCGCGGGCAUCAGCUAGUUCUGUCCAGCUACACCGCUGGAAGGAGGAUUCGCUUUGAGACUGUGCCCAAGUAUGACACUAUAAUCCAGACAGAAGAGAACUCCUGGCACAUUCCUUAUGAUGAAGACGGAGUGGAGAGAUACUCUUAUGAAGUGCCAAGAAAAUGGUUGUGUCUUGAAAUGAAAAGAUGAGGAAAGCUACCAAAAUUUGUAUUUCUUGUGCAUGUUCCUUAUUAUUUCUAUUGAAAGUGCAAAUAAUAUCUUACAGUACUAUAGAAGUGUAUUCUGAAAAAUGGUGUAUGUUGAUAAUAGGGUUACAUAUUUUGUGAUAUAUAAAACAAACAAAAAAAACCUGCUAGAAACAAAUUCUGUAAACAAAUAUUCUAAAACGUGCUUGGUCUGUAGUUCUGUGUACAACUUUCUGUAUGAAGCUGUAUUAUCUCAGUAUUCACAUCCAGAAAAAGUUAUAUAAAGUAAAUAACCUAAUGAUCUGUUUUUAUUAACUAAAUUCAUAAAUGGAAGUCCACCAUUGAACAUCAGUUGAUAUGGUCUGCAUUUUAGGGUUUGUAUAAAAGCAUUUGAUGUAAAGACGAAGAAGUUAAACUACAGAUCUGUAUUUGUGAAUAAAAUAACCCAAAUUUUCCCUAAAACCCCUGCAGCUGCAUGCGUUCAAUUCUUCCUUCACUCAAAAGCAGUCACACUCCUAUUAAAACUCCAAAUGUAGCUCACCUGCCACUUUUCAAAAAGAUAAAUGAGAAAAAACGAACAGAUAACUAUAGUAAUCUAUGCUUAGCAGGAAUUAACAAGUGGUAGUUAAACUGUCAGUUACCUUCCUGGCAGUGAGCUUAACUCAGUGGGUGUGGUAUUGACUAUAGUUAGGUAGUACAGAUAUAUUUUGUAUAUGUCUCAGAGAGUGAUAAAUGUAAGCUUCCUAUAGUUGACAGAGCAGAACAAAACCCCUACCUACUGUAAAUGGUUUUGUCCCAGAGUACUUAAUUACAUUUUCUCGUUUAUGUGAUCCAGGGUGUCCUAAUGUAUUUUGAUGUUAUAAAUAUGUUAAAUAAACCGGUCUGCUUAAAAAUUGUUGUCCUGCUCAGUUUGAACUUUAUAUUGUCCAAAACAAAGAAUAUUAAUGUAAUAAACUCCCUAUACUAGUCUAUCACUGUAAUCAAACACAGAAAAGUGAGACUGCACAUAUUACCUACUAUUAAAUAAGGUUUUUAUAUUGUUCUAUUGUCAACUAACCUAUUUUCCAGUAUGCAUUUCCUGUUAAGAUAUGGAUUUUAACAAUGAAUUGUUUAACCAACAUCAGCUUACCAGCCAUGUGUGUCAGUCUUAUAUGAAAAUGAAGUUGUUUCCUUUUCCUGAAGAUUUUCAUGUAUGUCACGCCUAAAUAAAUAAUAAUUACCUUUCA